AUGUCAUCUGAACGUGCAGUGGCGAUAAAUGCGGUUCUAAAAGCAAGUCAACUUUGUCAACAAGUUUUUCGACACCUCAUUGACGGCGAAACCAUUACGAAAAGUGACAGAACGCCGGUAACAGUUGCUGACCUUGGCGCCCAAGCGGUUGUGAAUGAAAUUUUGCAUAAUUCUUUUCCGGAUGAUGUCAUCAUUGGAGAAGAAGAUUCUAAAAUAUUGCGCGGAGAAGAUGGAAAACAGCUAAGAGAGAAAGUUUUGUCUCUAGCCAACACUGUAUUGGAUACGCCUCUGGAUGAUGAAAAGUUAUUGGAGGCCAUUGAUCGAGGGUCACAUCCUGGGGGCACUCAAGGAAGAAUGUGGACACUCGAUCCUAUUGACGGUACCGAGGGAUUUAUUCGCGGUGAUCAAUUUGCUGUAUGCUUGGCUCUUAUCAUUGAUGGUCAUGUUCAACUUGGGGUUAUGGGAUGCCCCAAUUUUCCCGUGGAUCAUAAAACGCCAGAAGGUGAAAAGGGAUGUUUAUUCGUUGCUGUAAAGGGACAAGGCUCAUUUCAGCGAAAAUUCACUUCAGCUGAGGAGACACAAAUACGCAUGACUGAUAUCUCAUCCCCGUCCGAUGCAUCAUUUUGCGAAUCAGUAGUGGCUUCGCAUUCGUCGCACGAGGAUUCGGCAAAGAUUGCAGCGUUGUUAGGAGUUACCAAACCGGCCAUUCGUAUGGAUAGUCAAUGCAAAUAUUGUUCAGUUGCUAGAGGUGAUGCGGAUAUAUAUCUGCGCUUGACCCGGGGUGAUUAUCUGGAAAAUAUUUGGGAUCAUGCGUCUGGAAGUCUGCUUAUUCAAGAGGCAGGUGGCAUUGUUUCGGAUAUUUAUUCUAAGCCACUAGAUUUUUCGUUGGGUAGAAAAUUAGACAAUAACAAAGGAGUUAUCGUAGCCCAUCCUAAAAUACAUUCUCAAGUAAUUGACGCGGUUCAGAAAGUUUCAUUGAACAAAUGA